UGACACCAAAGAUGAAAACUGACAUUAAAACCCAGAGAAGAAGAAGCGUCCCGAGUAAACACAUUACUUCCGUUAUCAUGGAAGCAGUUGUUGGUGAGAUUGUAGUCCCCGAGGAUCUGGAGAAAUUCGAGAGGAAAUACAAGGCAGAGGUGUCAAAGGGCUCUGUUUCUGAAGACACACAGUUCGAGUACGCGUGGUGUCUGAUCAGGAGCAAACACCCGGAGGACAUCGAAAAGGGAACAGUUCUGCUCGCUGAGCUUAUCCAUACGGAUACCAAGAAUGACCAGCGGGAUUAUUUGUUUUACCUGGCUGUUGCCAACUACAAGCUCAAGGAAUAUGAGAGAGCUCUGAAAUACAUCAGGACUUUACUGAGGAAUGAACCAGGAAAUUCCCAAGCUGAGGAACUGGAGAAACUUAUUGAUAAAGCCAUGAAGAAAGAUGGGCUGGUUGGAAUGGUGAUAAUUGGUGCCAUUGGACUGGGUUUGGCUGGAUUGGCUGGUCUGAUUGGUUUAGCUGUGGCUAAGAAAUCUGCAUAAAAGGAUGUUCUGAGCAAAAGCAUGAUGCCUUGCACAUUAGAAAAGUAUUAAACCCUCUUUGGGUUUGGAGUCAUCAUGACACUGACGUAGAAUCCAUUAAUUCGCUUGAUGCUAAUUUUUCCUCCAGGUAAAAACAAUGCUUUUAGUCAGAAAAAUCUCACACUUAUAGCAGAACAGAAAAAAAGUGUAAAUGAAAGGGAUUUAUUGAUAGAGAAAUAAUACAUAGUAUUUAAUAGUUUUAUUAUUAUAGUUAACUUAUUUGUAUUUGUAAUAGUUUUUUUCUUAUUUAUAUUUGUACAAAUGUACUGUACUUCACUGGCUGAGUGGCUGACUGAUAUAAAAUGUUUAGUUGAAAACAUUUGAAUACAAAUAGUGUUUUUAAUAAGAGAGGAAGGAAGUCAUCCAGGAAACAAAUCUCUUUUUGGGAAUGAAAUUUGAGAUUGAGGUAAAGUUCCGGCAAGCGUUGUGUUUUAUUCAGUCUUUGGCAAGUAUGGGCUUGAAUGUGUGGCUUCUUCACAGCUGGACAAAACUCAAUGAGAACAAACACCAUGCUUUCCCUCAUUCACACACGAGAUUUCUCAGUGCCAGUGCUUUGAUUUAUAUGUAUCUUGAAAGGAUUUGUUAUUGUUUUUUGAACUCUUUUCUUCCAAACAUCUGUCCACUCCUCCUUUGCUGAAGUUAAAGUUCACAUCGUCAGGGGAGCAUUUA